AUGCCGGAGCUCCGCCGCUCUCAGCGACGCGCAGCCACUGCCUACGAGUCCAAUGGCCGCGAUUACUUAGCUGCCACCAUGGGAUGCUCUCGCAAGCAGUUCGAAGACUGGCUCACUUCAAGCAGUGUCCGCCCACAUCUGGUCCUCUGGUACAAACUGUGUUACAUCGGUGUCAGGCGCUUCAACGUUGGAGUAGAUUGGAUCAACACGGGCGAGAAAGGGUAUGAAGCCUGAAACGUCUUACUCAUUGGAGGCAUCUACUGAAAACCAAUGCUUUGUCACCAGAUACUACUACAACCCACAAGACCUCGAGGAGGACUUACUCCUGAUGUGUCUUGGCGAGGGCAACGCCGACGACGACAUUGAGGGCAAUAGUCUCGAACCGAAAUACAGCGAUGAGAAGGCCGUGACCUGCAAGUGGAUUACGCAGGAAGUCUGGGCUCGCGCCGCCUGGCGCAUCGUCAAGAACAACAGUGGCGAGGGUCAGCCAUUCGAGAAGACGAUCAUCGAGCAUCCGUCUAAGGCGUACGCUUUCGUCAUCGACAUCCUUUGCAUCGCCUUCCACUCUCUGGUUCACCGCUAUGAGGAAUCGGUCUGGGAUGGCCUCAUCACAAGCGCUGGAGCGGAAUCGCCGCCGACUCCAUCGACCGCUCAGUCAAUAAUGAUGGAUAACAAAAUGGCCGCUGCUGUUGCUCUGGACCUGGAUCCCAAUGCGGAGGGUGAUGCUGCAGAAGACGAUGAGGUGGAAAUGGAAGAUGAGGACGGCGACGUGAGCAGUGAAGUGAGCGGUAGUGAGUUUGGCGAGCAGGUGCCGCUCAUGGAAUGCGAGAACGGCUCAAUCGUCAGCGAUACGAGCAUCGGCCAGAUCGACGAGCCGACGACUCCCAAGGCUAAGGAGCGGAUGAUGCCGUUGACUCCCGGAGCGCCAGACAAGAUGCGAGCAGUGCCAUCUCCCGCCGUCGAGGAUUGGAUGGAGCGGAUCAACGAGGAUGGCGGUGUUGAGGGCGAUGGUGUCUUCAAAGCACGCUGA